AUGCCAGGCCAGCGGGUACAGUGGCAGAAGCACCCCGUGGGCCAACAGGAGGAAACCAAUUGCCUUCUAAGGCAGUCUGCCCUGAGCAUGGUCUUGAAGUCAGAAAUGGAAGGAAGCCAAAGGAAGCUGCAGUGGCCAAGUCCUGGCCGCAGAGAACUUGCCAAGGAUCACACCGCUGGGAAGUUGAGAAGACAGGAUUCCAGCCAUGUAGGUAUGGCCCCAGGUCCUGUGGUCUUUGCCACCAUUCUGCACGAGCUGCUGGUGCUCCUAGUUUCACUUGUCCUCCCCUUCCAGAACCCUUUGCAAUGCAAGAACAACAACUACUUUGGAGGAGGAGUCCUCUGUAGUGGUGAUGGCCAGUGUGGAUGGGAAAUGGAGAAUAGCAGCGUGCAGGCAGGUGGGAGUGACCCAGCUGGCAGAGAUGUGGCGGGGGCCGCCUCUUCGGCGCCUCCGGAGGCCCCGGUGUCCUCGGUGCGAGUAGUGAGCGCCUGCGGGGCGGUCUCCGAGGAGAUCGAGGUGCUGGAAAUGGUGAGGGAGGACGAGGUGGCCCCGGGAGCCCUGGCGCUCUCGGACGCGGAGCAGCCGCCGCCUACCGCCGAGCUGGAGUCUCCGGCAGAGGAGUGUAGCUGGGCUGGGCUCUUCUCCUUCCAGGAUCUGCGUGCUGUGCACCAGCAGCUGUGUUCUGUGAACUCGCAGCUGGAGCAGUGCCUACCCGUGUUCCCUGAGGAGCCCUCUGGCAUGUGGACCGUGCUGUUUGGGGGGGCCCCAGAGAUGACCGAGCAGGAGAUCGACACUUUAUGUUACCAGCUCCAGGUCUACCUGGGCCAUGGCUUGGACACCUGCGGCUGGAAGAUCCUGUCCCAGGUACUUUUCACUGAGACCGACGACCCUGAGGAGUAUUACGAAAGCCUUAGCGAGCUGCGGCAGAAGGGCUACGAAGAAGUGCUUCAGCGGGCCAGGAAGCGCAUCCAGGAGAUUUCUAUGGAGAAUGACUAUCUGGGUCCCCGAAGAAUUGAAAGUCUACAAAAAGAAGAUGCUGAUUGGCAGCGAAAAGCUCAUAUGGCUGUUUUGUCUAUUCAGGAUCUUACUGUCAAAUAUUUUGAAAUAACAGCUAAAGCACAAAAAGCUGUGUACGAUCGAAUGCGAGCAGAUCAGAAGAAAUUUGGUAAAGCAUCGUGGGCAGCAGCUGCAGAACGAAUGGAAAAGCUCCAGUAUGCUGUUUCUAAGGAGACUUUGCAGAUGAUGAGAGCAAAAGAGAUCUGUUUGGAACAGAGGAAACAUGCACUAAAAGAAGAGAUGCAGAGUUUGCAGGGUGGUACAGAGGCCAUAGCCCGGCUGGAUCAGUUAGAAGCUGAUUAUUAUGACCUACAACUUCAGUUGUAUGAAGUACAGUUUGAAAUCCUGAAGUGUGAAGAGUUACUAUUGACCGCACAACUGGAAAGCAUCAAAAGACUUAUAUCAGAAAAGAGAGAUGAGGUAGUAUAUUACGACACUUACGAAAGCAUGGAGGCCAUGCUGGAGAAGGAAGAGAUGGCAGUGUCUGUGCACUUACAGAGAGAAGAGCUACAGAAACUUCAGCAGAAAGCACGCCAGCUGGAAGCAAGGCGUGGACGAGUUUCAGCCAAGAAAGCCUACCUCAGAAAUAAAAAGGAAAUUUGUAUUGCAAAACACAAUGAAAAGUUCCAACAACGCCUUCGGAGUGAAGAUGAAUACAGAGCCCAUCACACAGUACAACUAAAGAGAGAAAAAUUACAUGAUGAAGAAGAAAGAAAAAGUGCCUGGGUUAGCCAAGAGAGACAAAGAACUUUGGACAGACUUCGAACUUUUAAACAGAGGUACCCUGGCCAAGUCAUACUUAAAUCAACCAGAUUGCGACUGGCUCAUGCAAGAAGAAGAAGCACAGCCAGUCCUGUGCCCUGUGAGGACCAGUGUGACUCUCUGCCAGGAGCACUACAGGUAGAAGAGAAAAGUGCAAAGGCAGAGGAAGGAAUAGGCGAGCUUGGGUCAUCACACAAAACAGAAGCCCAAAGCCUCGCACACCUUGAAGAUACUUCGCUAGCACAACUUGAAGCCGCUUCAUUACCUCUCAGUGGUGUUACCUCUGAACUGCCGCCCACUGUUUCUCUUCCACUUUUGAAUAAUACUGACCUCGAACCAGGUUCCGUUACCAUAGAUCCACUCCCCCCACCUCUUCCUCCAACACCACCUCCCCUGUCCUUGGCUAUCACAGUCCUAAAGUCUAGAGGUUAUCAGUUUGACUCUAAUUGGGAUCCUAACUGUAAUUCUUCUCUUUCAUUUUAUAAAGUGAGCUCACCCAUGGAUGAGGUGCUAGCUUCCUUGAAGCGUGGUAGUUUUCAUCUGAAAAAGGUUGAACAGCGAACUCUGCCUCCUUUUCCUGAUGAAGAUGAUAGUAAUAAUAUCUUGGCACAAAUACGGAAAGGGGUGAAAUUGAAGAAGGUACAGAAGGAAGUUUUGAGAGAAUCCUUCACACUUCUGCCUGACACAGAUCCUCUAACACGGAGCAUCCAUGAAGCUCUUAGAAGAAUCAAAGAAGCGUCCCCUGAGUCAGAGGAUGAAGAGGAGGCUUUACCCUGCACAGAUUGGGAAAACUAA